AAAAAUCCAUUUAAUUCUAAUAUAUACAUGGAAAGAGUGGCACUCAGUGGACAUUUCAGCAGAAGAAUAUAUGGAGGAGUUUCUCACUGAUCAACUGGCAGUUAAUCAAUCAGAACAAGUUAUGGAUGAUGCAAAAAAUACAAAUAACCGAAUAGAUGCUUGGAGGUCUAUAGCAAGAUUUGCAGGGGCUGUUAUAGGCGGGGUGCUGAUGUCAAGGCUUCCAACAAGUAAACAGCUCUAUAUGCCAGCAAUUUUGGUGGGAAUUGGUUGCAUACUGCUCUAUUCUUAUAGCAUAUGUUAUGAGGUAUCUUCAGGAGAUCAUGAGGAGAAAAGCAUGAAUUUAGGUGGCUUCUGAAAUUACUCCCUCUGUGGGCACCUUUUCUUAUAUCUUAUGUUGUUGAUGCAGCAGGUAGCGCCUUCUUUGAUUAUAAAGCUUAUUUGUAUAUAAUACAGAAAUCUUCUGGAAUCGUAGUGUAGCGUUUAAUCGGUUAUGUAAUCACAAAGUUUUGCAGCAAGGUAAACCAGCAGGAACGGCAACGCAUUAGGCUAGCGAAGAUUACUUUCGGGAUGUUGGUUUGUUUUUUACUCUACAUUAACACUUGGCAUGCUAUGGCUAAAAGAAAAUCAUGGACGUACAUUCUACAGUUUAUCUUGUUAGGAAUUAUGAAAGACAUGGUUAAAGAAAUGUUGGGAGAAUACUUCUGUGACCAUGUACCAGAUUAUUUUGGGAAUGGGAGCAGCUGUGUGAGGAGAGCAACCAUUUAUUUUGUACAUGUAGAGAAUCAUGGAUGGUUUGGAUGAAGGUGUUGAGGUGGUGGGGUAUGGAGGGGGUGUUGCCGAAUACAAUAAAAGAGAUGGCUGAUUAUUUUUUGUUUGGUUUGGGAAAUAUUGUGGGCAAAGAAAUGGGAUCUUGUAUUUUUUUGCUGGUAUCUUGGUAUGGAUGGUAUUGGAGAAACACUAUAGUGUUUAAGAAAGAGGGAAAUUUUGGGGAAAAGGUGCUGAGUGCUGUGCAUGCUAAAUCAUUUCUAUAGAUUAAGCAUAAACUAGAGGGGUGUGUCUUCUCAUUUCAAGAAUGGUUGUCAAUACCGGAUGAGUGUGCAGUAGAAGUAAAAAGGUAUAGAAGUAGUCUGAAACAGUUUCAUAAACAGCAGAAAUAGCAUGGAUGAUUUAGUUAUAUGAGCUGUGACAUGGUUUUAUAUUUUGGGAAUUGUUGUACCUUGUAUAGUUUUUUUAAAUGAGCAAGAGUACUCUUUGUAUUUCAGUUAUAAUAAAAUUUUAUUUUACUA